UGCUCCUCUGUGGGAUGAACUGUGGCACAGCCUCUCCCUUACCGUCUCUCUGUCCAGACUGGAGUUGUAUCUGGAGAGCACCCACUGGUGUCGAGACCUGGGACCGCAGAUCAACACUUUAGGCCUGACGCUGUUGGGAGGAGCUUCGCGUCCUCACCACACACCCUUUACCAUGAUCUUUGUCUUAGGAGAUCCUACAGCAGCAGAGCAGCACUGUCGAGAUCACAGCAGCACAUGCUCAGCUCUGACAGACACACAGGAGAUUGGAGCUAUACAUGAGGUGACCAUUCUGCCUGGGAUCAGAGUAUCAUCCAGACCAGAAAAUUCCCCCCAAGACACAACUCUACUGGCUGGUCCCACUGAAGUGACACCAAGGCUGCAUCCAGUGAGCGGCACUUCGCCUCUGAAGUCACAUCCUGAUCCAGAGGAUGUUGACACAAAAGCUGUAGUGACAACCGAGGCUGACACAGACACUCAGACUGUAGGCUCAACCAACAGAGAAAAGGAAAAACCAACAACUGUGAGUAAGGAAGUAAAUCAAGAUACUGAACCACAGCCUCUCUCUCUGACUGGAAAUGGGCAGCUUUCUAAUUUGCACCCUGACAUAUUAGGGACAAAGAAGGAACUGUGGAGCACAGAAGGAAGUGUCAUAACCAGGACUGCUUCUGUCCACACACUUCAAACUGCUCAGCACCAAAGACAAGUUCAUCGACCAUUCGAUGCAGCAAAGGAGAGCUCUGGAACAAGUGAUGCAUCUGUCUUGGAAAAUGUUGAAACGGCCCUUUCGAGCCCUAACGUUCAACCUGAGAACCCCACAGCUCCAGGUGUCUCAUCAGGAGGGGCAGGGGGAGUUGCAGAAACGGCAAGUACACAGAGAUCUUUCUCUAAUGGGCCACAGGACUCUGAGUUUGCUACUGGAUCUACUCUUAUCUCAGGCCCCAUCACAGAAUCAGGGUUUGUCGCUUCCAGCUUGUACCCUUCAUCUGAAGGAGGAGUAAGGGAGGCGAGACAGGAAGCAUCGCCACUAGUCUUUAUGCCUCCAAUUUCCCCACCAGUUAAACUCUUAAGACAGACAGAACAAAAUAUAUCACUCGACAGAGCAGCAACUGAGGACUUUGCUGCACCUCAGACAGCUCCAGCCUUAAACCUGACUGUUUUAACUCCCACACUACAAAGCAGAGAAGCACUAAGUACCAGGAACAUGGAAGGUGAGAUGGGUAAUGUUUCAGCCAGUGUGAUAAAAGAAAAAGAGGAAAUGGAAGACAGGUUGGAAACUGUUUCACCCAAAACAGAAACAUCAUCACAACAACAACUUCCAGGUGGGGAGCAGGGGAGUGGGACAGAGACAGAUGAAGAUGAGAUAGAUUUAGGGGUGGAGGAGGAAGUACAAAGACAAGCAGAGAUGAAAAAAGAAAGCUAUGAUAAUGACAUUGACAUCUCUGAGGAUUAUAAUCAGUCCUCACCUGAUUUGAGCAGCACUGAAGACUCCUUCAUCCAAUCAGAGACUGAAUCCGCACAACAGACUGUUAAAGCAGCCAACCAGCCGCCUACAUACACAGUCCAACAUCACGGGGCAGGAUUAAGACCUCGAAUCAGAGGUCAAAGGGGGUUGCAGGGUCCACCUGGGCUAUCAGGACUACCAGGGCCUAAAGGAGACAAAGGUUAUCAAGGCGUUAUGGGCAGGACCGGGCGGACAGGAUACAGGGGCCCCAUUGGUCCUCCUGGGAUGCCUGCCAUUGUUGUAUUUAAAACCUCUGAAGAAGAGUGGGAGGCUUUCAAGAAAAACAAGAUCUAUAAAAAGCUGAUUUCUUUCUGGCCGAAACUUAAGGGGCCUCUGGGGCCUCCUGGACCUCCUGGAGAUGACGGACCAAUUGGGCCACCUGGAAUUACUGGGAAGCAAGGACGAAAAGGAGUUCAAGGGAAAAUCGGCAGUCCUGGACCACAAGGUAUGCCGGGUCCCCAGGGCCGACCCGGAAGAGAUGGGAGCCCAGGAGAGAACCCUGAUCCAGGCCUUCCAGGCUUACCUGGAGAACAGGGUCCUCAAGGCUACAGAGGAGAGAAGGGCAGCAAAGGGGAGCUGGGUGAGUGGGGUUAUCAAGGGGAGGCUGGACCACAGGGAAACAGAGGACAAAAAGGAGACAAGGGAAAUAAAGGAGUGAGAGGCAUCGUUGGCAUCCCUGGCUACAUAGGACUGCCUGGAGCCAGGGGUCCUUCUGGGUUUCCAGGACCACCAGGAUCUCUGGGAGAGACUGGAGCUCCAGGCUUUGGUGGACCACCAGGCCCACCUGGCAAAAUGGGCCCCAGAGGCAUAAAAGGUGUCCUAGGAGUUAAAGGACCUCCGGGUCAUCAAGGUGAACUGGGAGCCAGAGGAGCAGCUGGACCACAGGCAGAGGCUGGUCCUGAUGGAAGGGUUGGGUUUCCCGGUGUCCGUGGCCCUCAGGGAAACCCAGGACCAGAUGGGCCUCCAGGUCCUAAAGGUGACCCUGGUGAUUCAGGAGAUGAAGGGGAAAUAGGGGAAUCUGGACCACCUGGACUUAAUGGAGCCAAUGGGAAUCCAGGAAAGCCUGGACCCUCAGGUGAUCCCGGGGCUAAAGCCAAGCGAGGUGAGAAGGGUGAUCCAGGGUUCAAGGGAGACCUGGGACCUCCAGGGCCCCCAGGUAAACAAGGAUUUAAAGGCCGUCGAGGCCCUCAAGGAGUUGAGGGACUUGGAGGACCAACAGGGCCAACAGGACCUCCUGGACCCAGUGGGUUUGAUGGCAUCUUGGGGGAGCAAGGGAAGCAAGGAAAAGAUGGAUUGAAGGGAGACAGAGGGCCAAGCGGUAUUCAAGGAGUUCCUGGGCCUCGAGGCAACAAGGGUCGAGAAGGUCGAGCAGGAUUUUCUGGAUUGCCAGGUCCAAUUGGAGAGAUGGGAAAAUCUGGAGAGAGGGGACGUGAAGGAGAACCUGGUAUUAAGGGAAUGCCUGGAGUCCUAGGAGUGACUGGACCUAAAGGCCUAAAGGGAUUUCAAGGUCCUUUAGGUAACAGGGGACAGGAGGGACCUCUUGGAGCUGUGGGACCCAUUGGUGCAAAUGGAAUGAAUGGGGACACUGGACCCCCUGGACCAAAAGGAUUGCCUGGGAAGACAGGAGCUCUUGGCCUCCAAGGACCCGUAGGGAAGAGUGGAGAAGCUGGCAGCAGAGGAAUGAAGGGAGUGUCAGGAAAGCCAGGAGUGCAAGGGGUUAAAGGUAAAGACGGCCCAGGAGGACUUCCAGGAAGUGAAGGCUUAAAGGGGAAGAAAGGUGAGGAGGGACCAAGGGGGAAACAAGGCCGCCCAGGUGAGAUGGGCAUGCCUGGACCACGAGGAUACAGAGGAUCUCCUGGUGUCCAGGGUAACAUUGGACCAUGGGGUGAGGUUGGGUCUCGUGGCCUUCCAGGUGACCAGGGGCUACAAGGUCCAGUCGGCCCCCUUGGAGUUACAGGUUACCCAGGUAAAGAUGGACCUCAAGGAACAACUGGAUCAGCUGGUGUCAAAGGAGAUAAGGGAUCCAGAGGAGCUUUGGGGCAGGAGGGAGUUGCUGGUCUCGAUGGUGAGGAGGGUCCAGUUGGACUGAGGGGACCCGAGGGGCCAGCUGGACAAAACGGCAUACCUGGUGACAAGGGGAACACUGGACCUCCUGGACAGAAAGGGCCAAAGGGAGCUGAAGGCAACAGAGGCAACCAAGGGCCACAGGGAGCAAAGGGGCCACCAGGGAAACAGGGAUACAGGGGUGCACCAGGGGACAGAGGAAAACUAGGGGUUCCAGGGCUCAAGGGUGAGCCAGGUACCAGAGGUUCUUCAGGCAUGCCUGGACAGUUCGGACCAGGGGGCAACACUGGAGCAGCAGGGGCCAAAGGCCAGAAGGGGCUCCGUGGACACACUGGCCCCCCUGGCAGUAUAGGUCCCCCCGGACAAAUUGGACCAUCAACACCAGGUUUGCCAGGCAUGAGAGGUGUUGAGGGCAAAACUGGUAUCCCUGGACCAAAGGGCAGUCAUGGUAAGAAGGGCAAACUUGGUCAUCCAGGCAGCAAAGGAGACAUGGGCAUUAGAGGUCAAAAGGGUGCAAAAGGAGAGCCUGGGACAAGAGGCACAAUGAGGACAGUGGGGAAGAUGGGGUUCAUUGGCACUCCAGGUGCAAAAGGUCGACCUGGUCCUGCUGGUCCUCCCGGUCUUCCAGGAACUAAAGGAAUUCAGGGGCCAAAGGGAAAAAGAGCCCAGCCUGGAAAGAAAGGAAAGAAAGGAGCACCUGGAAAAACUGGGGCUGAAGGCCCGCUGGGAAGACCAGGACCUGCUGGACGACCUGGAAAACCCGGCCUAAGAGGUUUGGAUGGGUUACUAGGGGUUGAGGGUAAUGAAGGAGAUCCGGGUGAUAUUGGUUUCAGAGGCGCUCCUGGAAAACCUGGCCGGCCUGGCAAAAUGGGAAAACCUGGACCUCCUGGGAUCAUGGGAAACACUGGAGCACCAGGCUUCAAGGGUAAAGCUGGACUUAAAGGAAAACAAGAGCCCCCUGGACCAAUGGGGCCAAAGGGUAUUCCAGGACUGAGAGGAGAGAAGGGAGAGUCUGGAAUUACUGGUCCAAAGGGUCUUCCAGGUGACACAGGAAUACUGGGACCAAUCGGGCCUCCUGGGCUAAAGGGGAAUCCUGGUUUGCAGGGGCUAAAAGGGCAAAGAGGUCAUAAAGGAAAGCUGGGGCAUAGCGGUCCUCGUGGUCCACAUGGGCGAAAAGGCUUCCUUGGACUUCCUGGCCAGCUUGGAAAGAAGGGAAUGAAAGGUGUCCAAGGCAGGAGAGGACCAAAGGGAGUGAAGGGCAAGCGUGGACCUCCAGGAAAACCAGGUGCACCAGGCAAGCGCAGGCCUACACAAAGACGGGGAUCAAAACCUGAGCCAAAACCAGGUCAAAGAAAUGAGCUGAGGCCCCAAACAAGACCCAGACAGAAACUGACAAAUGUGCCAAGAUCCAGACAAACACCCAGGCUCCUGAAGCAAAGGGAAGGACAACAAAAACGGCCCAGGAGAUGGUCUGAAAGAGAUGAGGCUGAGGAAUCCUUCAGCUGGCCCCGGGGAACCAAAGACGACCCUGCCACCACCUGCCACGAGCUGGGACUCAUACACCCACAUCUGAAUAAUGGUUAUUUUUACAUGGACCCCAACCAAGGCUGUCCCUAUGAUGCUGUGAAGGUAUCCUGUAACUUCACAGCAGGAGGAACAACCUGCAUUGACCCUUUACAGUCACAGAUUAAAUUAAGUUGGGAACCAGAAAAGAAGAAAUCAAAAAUGUCUGUCCAGUGGUUUAGUGAGCAACAUGGUGGAAACAAGUUUGAGUAUGCUGGUGUGGAUGUUGUUCAGCUGAGGUUUCUGCGGUUACACAGCCACACAUCUUUCCAGCACAUGACUGUCAGCUGUACAGCAAACCUCUCCAGUACUGCUGGCACAACUAAUUCAGCCAAUAAAAUGAUUCACCUACUGGGAGACUCUGGCAAAGAAAUACACCUUACCACAGUGUCCAGGAAAGGCUGUGAGGUGGAGGUGGUUGUGAUGGUCCGGGGGAGCACGGAGCUACAUCGAGGUGAUAUGGAGUUACUUCCUGUCAGAGAUCUGGGUGUAGAGAUGAGGUCACUAUCUCCCCUUGUCCCUGAGAUCACUGUUGUUUUGGGACCCCUCUGCUUCUUGUGACCGAUGAGUAGUGUGUGUGUGUGUGUGUGUGUGUGUGCAUGUUUGUGUAUGUGCCUUGGUAUGAUGAAAUUGUGUAAAUAUCUCUUUUAUAUAGAAAGCAGGGAUAUGUGAUGUCUAGAUAUUUUACAUGAACCAUUUUGUUAGGAUUAAUUUGCUCAGUACUGUAUUUUCUGUAUAUUUAUUGAAUUGUCACAAGCUGAAUGAACUGUUAGAUUUUAUCAUAUAAAGAAUUUUAUAAAUUGUUAUUAAAUGUUUAAAUAAAAUUGA